CGGUCCCCAAUAGAGCUCACAAAAACAUCGCGAGCGUGAGCACGCGGCUGGCCGAUUCACGCCGCGGCGCCCGCGACCGAGAGACCGAGCUUAUCGCCUCCUCGCCAUUCUUACCUCGCGUUUCUCUCUCGUUCCCCACCCUGGAUAAUGCGCGACAAGCAGCACAUGCAGAUAUAAAAGCGAACUUAACGGGGGUGCCGGAUUCAGUCGUUCGCGACACGUGUAUACGAUUUGGAUGAGACGAGGGCAAGAGGAGACCAGUCCUUCGCGGUAGCACAUCCGGAAGUCUCGGAGGAGCUCUUUGUAGCCCCUGAAAGGCGAAAGGGCGAUCUCGAGCGGGGGAGGGUCAAGAAGCGCGAAAAGAGCCCACGUCGCUCUGUUUCCUCCCUUCCCAUCCGGAUUUCAACGAUUAGCGAUUAGGAAAGAGGAGCCAUCCGUCUCGUCGACCCGUCGCGUGCUCCAAGGAUAUUAAAUCCCAAGGAUGAUCUCCACGUUGAAAACGUGCUGCGGCCGACUGUCGCAACGAUGGAUAUUCGCUAUCAUGGGAUUUUUGGCGAUCCUGAAUGCUUACACCAUGAGAAAUUGCCUCUCAAUCACUAUUACGGAGAUGACGAUUCCGAUAAAACACAAUUAUACAGAUGAUACUUGCAAGUACGAGGAGACAGAGAAUACCGAUAAGUCCAACAGUACGAUGGAUAAUCGAUACGAUUGGGAUGAACGUACACAGGGCCUCAUCCUCUCGUCCUUCUACUGGGGCUACGUCAUCACGCAUCUGCCGGGCGGGAUACUGGCCGAGAAGUUCGGCGGCAAGUACACCCUCAGUCUCGGCAUCCUCUCGACGGCGGUAUUCACCUUGCUGACGCCGGCGGUGGUUCAGUGGGGCGGGAACAUGCCUGGAACCUUCCCGGUCGGUUUGGUCGUGCUGCGGUUUCUCAUGGGCCUCGGCGAGGGCACGACCUUCCCGGCGUUGAAUGCCCUGCUGGCGCAGUGGACGCCGCCGGAGGAGAGAUCGAUGAUCGGCUCGCUGGUGUUCGCCGGCGCCCUGCUUGGUACGGUGCUCGCCAAUGUGGUGUCCGGUCUGAUCCUGCACGACAGUGAGUGGCCCGCGGUCUUUUACGUGUUCGGCAGCAUCGGCGUGCUGUGGUUCAUCGUGUUCGUGCUGAUCUGCUACAACAAUCCGUACGAACACCCGUUCAUCUCCGAGCGCGAAGUCAAGUUCCUGCACGAUCGUAUGAGCGAGCACACGCACAAGAAACCGCCGCCCUUGCCCUGGGGGCACAUGCUAAGCUCGGUGCCCCUCUGGGCCCUGGUCACCGCUCAGAUCGGCCACGACUGGGGCUUCUUCACCUUGGUCACCGAUCUGCCCAAGUACAUGAGCAGCGUGCUCAGAUACCCCAUCAAGAACAACGGCCUCGUCUCAGCGUUGCCCUACCUCAUCAUGUGGUUCUCCAGCAUAGCGACGUCCUGGCUGGCCGACUGGAUGAUCACAAAGGGUGUCAUGUCGCGCACCAACGUGCGGAAACUCGGCACCACGAUCGCCUCCAUCGGCCCGGGCAUCUUCAUCAUCGCCGCCUCCUACUCCUCGUGCGACCGAACGUUGGUAGUCGCCAUGUUCACCAUCGGCAUGGCUCUGAUGGGUACCUUCUACCCCGGGAUGAAAGUCAACGGGCUGGAUCUCAGCCCCAAUUACUCCGGCACUCUGAUGGCGAUGGUGAACGGGAUAGGCGCCUUCAGCGGUAUCAUCACGCCGUACAUCGUCGGCGAGCUGGCACCCGAGCAGACGAUGACCCAAUGGCGAAUCGUCUUCUGGAUCGUCCUGGGUGUCUUCAUCGUGACGAACAUAGUUUUCGUCAUAUUCGCCAGCGGUGAGGUUCAGUACUGGAACGACCCCAAUUUCGUCAUACAAGACCGGGAGAAGAGGCAGCAGCGUCAGAAGGAGGAAAAGACAAACAAAUCGACGGAGAAAGCAUGAAAAUGCGUUGCGCUUUUGCUCACGGUGCCCCCCCGGAGAGUGCCUGUGAACAAACGAAAAACAACCUGACUUAAUAAUCUCGUGAUCAUCGCGAGACAUCGCCCCCCUCCCCCCUCGACAGACGCACGCUCUUCAAGGUCCGCUCGUCGUUUCGCCACGACUUUCAACGAAGAUCUCACACAUCCGCGUGAAGGAGAGAUGCCCCCUGAGAAAAACGCGCGUUUUGACACCGCUCGCGCGUAUAAUCCUUGGAUAAUAAUUCACGCGUACGGCAUCAAUUGUAAAUCGCGCGCGAUGCCGGAAUGCUGCAUCUUGGAGUUCACGUCAAUCCGUAUCGCGAACGCGCUCAAUACGCUGGCUACGUUUGCGCAAGCGAACCUUUUCGUCGUGAAAGGAGAAACUGUAAAUUAAAGCCGAUAGACCAACAGCAAUUGUACAUAUUGUGUAGAGAUUAAGUAAAUGUAUAGCAUAAAUAUAAUUUAAUUGAAUAAAACACUAAAUGCGCA